AUGGAUGAGAGCAAGGGGCCCCCAAAGGGGGGCCUCCCCUCCGCGUCCGAGGCUGUGAACAGCAGCAGCAGCAGCAGCAGCUGCGACGCUGUUGGGCCUGCUUACGCUGCUGCAGCAGCACCAGCAGCAGCCCCUGCUGCUGCAGCGCCUGCUGCAGCAACAGCAGCAGCAGCAGCAGCAGCAGGGGGGCCCCCCCCUCAGGGGGGGGGCCCCCGAUCUCGACUGUACCCUCUUUGCCGCCCUGCGUCGGCCACCUUAACGAGGCCCCACCGCACAGCAGCAGCAGCAGCAGCAGCAGCAGCAGCAGCAGGAGACACCCGCAGGAACCUGCAGCAGCAGCUAAGUCACCUGGCGGGGGGGCUCUUUCACCCCCGCCACCCCAUGAACAGUUCUGCUGCUGCAGCAGCAGCAGCAGCAAGGCCUGCGGCUGCUGCAGCGAUCGGCAGGCCCAGCGCUGCUGCUGCUGCUGCAGCACGGCCAGCAGCAGCAGCAGCAGCAGCAGCAGCAGCAGGCUGCCGGCCGCUGUCCUCAGUUGCUGCUCUGGGGGCGCGGGACGUGCGGGUGUUUGGCUCUGCGCAGCUGCCGUUUGCUGCUGCUUCCUGCAGCAGCAGCAGCAGCAGCAGCAGCAGCGGCAGCGGCAGGGGGGGCCGCAGCAGCAGCAGCAGCAAAAGCAGCAGCUGCUGCUUCUGGUUUAGACUUUAUUUAGUGCGCUUUUUCGAACUGUGGGGUGGAGAUGACUUUGCAAGGAGGCAGCAGGGGGCCCCCGGCAGCAGUUUCUAUUCGAGGUGCAGCAGCAGCACGGGGGGCCCCCUUGCUGCUGCUGCUGCUGCUGCUGCUGCUUCGCGCAGCAGCAGCGGCGCGGGGGAGAGCAGCAGCAGCAGCACGGCGACGACGGCAGGUGCAGCAGCAGCGGAGAAGCCGAGCCCGAAGGCGCACGGCAGCAGCAGCGGCGCUGCUGCAGCAGCAGCAGCAGCAGCAGCAGCAGCAGCAGACAAGCGGCUUGCUGCUGCUCAAAACCCUCUCAGAUUUCCUUCAGCAGCAGAUGAAACUGCUUACAAAUUAUAUUUAAAUUCUUUAUAUCCUUUCAGGCUUCUUGUUGUGGGGCUUUUGAUGCUCUUUGUCGAACUCAUGCAGGUCGCCUGGGUCUUCGUCACCGAAGGUAAACCCUAA